AUGUCAGGGCGACUUAUCAUUUAUGUGCUCGGUCCUACUUCUUCAGGGAAGACAAGUUUGGUGCAACAACUUGUUUCGAUGAGUGAGGCCGGCGCACUGCUGACACAGUGUACUCAUCAGGUUCCAACGAAGGGCCAGGAGCUCCGUACCAUUAUUGUGGAAUCACCGAAGGGCAAAGACACCUCUCGCACAGUAGAGUUGCGGGAACUGGGCGGGGACAUGGCCCCAAUGUGGGAGAAGUUUAUUGAAGCACGUUUAAACUCGACGGGGAGGGAGAUGAACAACCGGUUUGGGCUGAUGUUGGUUGUCGACUCACUAGCCCCUCACUUGUUACCAUUGGCCCAAGUUACCAUCGCAAAGUUAAAGGGAAGCGAAGGGUUAUGCAGAGACUGGCCGGUGGCUGUUUUAUUGAACAAGGCUGCUGGCAGAAACGCCGUGACAACGAAGGAGGCAAUGUUUUUUCUUUCAGCGAUUCCCAUAGAGGGAAUAAAAUACCUCGCUAUUGAUUCUUGGAAUGGGCUGGGUCUUAUGGAUGUCAUGACGUGGCUACGAAGCUUUGCGUUCCCGCCGUAG